AUGUCAUAAUCAACAUUGUUAUGAUGACAGGACAUAAAAGGUACCAACGAGAUGAUGACUCAGCGUAUAUUGACAAUAUUUCACGGACAUGAGAUCAGUAAUUUGGUCGUCGUGCAGUUUGUUCUCAAGUCCAAUGAAGAGGCCAAGGUAUGGGCAGACAACAUCACGAAAGUGUCGUACGAACUUAAAUACCGACAUUUAUCUCCGCUGUCUAUUAUGAGGAAACAGUGGAAGCGUAUUUAUCUUCCAAUCAACAACAAAGGUUUGAUUCCCGUCAGAAGGCUGGUGAAAAGUUUUACUUCCGAUCGAAACGAGAAAGUGGUUUUACAAAAGUUGAAAACCUGCGGAUUAAUUUAUGGAAAAAAAGACGAAAUCAGCCAAUCAGAAUUCUCGUUUGAGUUUUAUCAAAAACUUUACAAUAAGAUGUGUUCGAGGGGGGACGUGGAAAAUAUAUUCCAUGAGAUGUAA